AGCGACCUGCGCCCAACUCAUGGACCUCUAGGCGGCUGGUUCAACUUCUCCUCAUUUUCUGCGCUGAGGGUCCUUCUCGACUACUUCAGUUUCAGAGGGAAAUCAAUUGCGUCUCUGAAUAGAAAAGAGAGUUGACUCCUUUACUCAAGCUGGGAAAUGUUGGUCAUCGCGUAUACCCUAUGUGGACUAACUCAAGAAGGAGACAAGCUGAUAGCUUUCAACGGAAUAGCUCGGUGGAUGGAAGAGAAUGUAGAAGCAGCUAUGACAUGUGGUAUGUGGGAGCAAUAUAUCGUUCGAGAAUUGCAGUGGGAGGUAUGUAAUCAGAACAAUCGUGUGGAAGCACCUCUUGUCCAGGAAUGGAGGGCACCCAGCUGGAGUUGGGCAAGUGGCGAUCACCACUUGACCAAGUAUACGUUUACUGGAUCACACGGGAGGGUGUGUCCACAGUCUUCAGAAACUGCCGAGGUGACGAGCUUGAAUGCAGAGACACUGCCGACCGGCAAGGUGGUAAGCGCUACUUUGACACUACGUGGGGAAGCCACACGUGUCACCGUACGCAUCGAAAAGUAUGACUGGAAGAAGGGUUUGCCAGCGGUGGUAGUCAGCGCCAUCUCAGAGUAUCGUAUCGACAGCCGAUGCUUCGUCUUCGACCGACUACCAGCGUUUCCAUACGAAGAGGAGCUUACCUUGGUUGCGUUGUCGAAGUGUCAUUGUGUAGUGGAUGACUACUGGCCCGAGACUGAUGGAAUACAUAGUGGCGCCGAGUAUCCUAGGCCGGUACUUGCAGUACUGAUGCUACGUCGAUUGCCCACUACUUCUGUAUCUUAUAGCCGCGUUGGUAUGCUUCGGCUCGCAGGCGACGAAUGUCAGAUGUAUGAUGAGAACAAGUCUUCACAUGCGGAGGAGUUAGUGUUAGUGUGAGAGUUUUGCCGAUUACACGUAGAAGCUAGACCACUACAUUAUGACUCGAAUCCAGUUGAGUGUCAACCAA